AUGCUUGUGGAUGAUGGUAUUGUGCUCGAGGAAGACGGUAUUGUGCUCGAGGAAGACGAUAUUGGGGUCGAGGAAGAUAUUGGGGUCGAGGAAGAUGAUACUGUGCUCGUAGAUGAUGGCACUGUGGACGUGCUACUAGAAACGCUAGUCGGUGUUGUCGAGCUCGAACUACUCUGGCUGGUGCUACUUGAGCUGCUCGAGGUUGGCUUGGUCGUACUUGAGGAUGAAUGUGUGGUGGAUGUCGACGAUUUUGUCGUAGUUGAAGAUGUGCGAGUCGACGACGAGGGCCCGGUCCGGGUAACGCUACUCGAGGCAAUCGUCGUUCGGGUUGGGAUGGUGCUCGUACCGGUAUCUCGAGUUGCCGUGGUGAGACCUGGGAUCGUGAUCCCGCUUGGAAGAUUGGUGGGCCAUCCGCCUCCGAUUCCUAUUUGUCUGGCGUGGAUCUGCCAACGAUGA